GGACUGCAUUAACGUAGAGAUCGGCGACAUUCUGGGUAUUCGCGAGUGUAUCGGCACUUCUUCGAACUUCUGCGGCGGCACCUCCGCAAAUGGACUGGGCCGGGCUGCAAUGAAGAUUAUCGAAUGCGCUGUUCAAGGGAGCCUAAAGAACGGUCCUCAUGAUGUCAUCACCAGUGCUCUUCCAUAUAUUAUGCUGCUGUUCCCAGCCAGAGGCGCUCUUGGCUCUUCAGCUGCCUCCCCACUUCCACAAAUGGGCGACCUGGGCAACACGAACCUUUGCGGUCCCAACGGGUGCGGGAUCGAGAACAAUUUCUGUAACGGCUCUAUCACUAUUGGUCUGCCAUCCAGUGGUAACCUCGAGAAGUGCUUCGGAAACAUAACGAUGGGUUGCGAGCCUGGGUCACCGACCACAAUUGACGUAGUUCAGUCUCUGUUCAAAGCUGUUAUCUGUAUCAUUUAUGAGCUGCCGGGCAGCCCCAUCGCGGCGCUGCACAAAAUGGUCGGCUGUGCACUGGUCAAUGCUCUGAAGGUCGCCGAGAUGACCAACCCUGAUCUCCGGAUGGUCCACUUUGCGUUUGAAUCAGCCGUCAGCGCCACGCUUGACCUUCAGAAUUGUCCCACAUUUGGUUAAAGGGCAAAAGGAGCCUUCACAAGAGCAGGAAGCACCCAUUAUGUUCAUAGGUGUUGCCACAACGGUCGAACACACGAAAAAAGAAUAGUUGUUUGGCAGAGGAUUGAAUAAAAUUUCCAAGGCCACCUCG